CGAGGAGCACCGCCAUUCUUCCAACAUCCAGGAGCGGCAACGCAACGAAGCAUGCAUUUUUGGAAUCAUAGUGGACAAGGAAUGAAUUCAUAGCCACUACAUCCUGAUUCGGUGGAGAGAACUGGACACAGCGUUUGGAUGCAGGAACAUGAGGGCACGCAGCAGGGCACCAGCAGUGCCCAGGUGGGGGUACUUCCAGUGGGGCGGGGCAGCAGUACGGGCGGUGUCCCGGUUGAGGACAUGAAGACACUAUCAAUCACCUCUCUCUCCGCCUCCGAGGUAGAACAGCAGUAUGAGCUGAUUGCGCCUCUUGGGAAGGGCACCUACGGAAAAGUUGACCUGGUGGUGCACCGGACACGGGGCACGAAGCUCGCUCUGAAGUAUGUUAGUAAGAACAAGACAAAGUUGCGCAGUUUUCUGCGUGAAUACAGCCUGACUGCUGCGCUGGGCUGCAGUCCGUUCCUCAUUAAAGUUCUGAACAUUCUGUUCGAGACGGAGGACAGCUAUGUGUUUGGCCAGGAGUAUGCACCUGCGGGAGAUCUGUUUGACAUCAUACCACCUCAGGCUGGUUUGCCGGAGGAAAUGGUCAAACGUUGCGUUCAGCAGCUGGGUUUAGCUUUGGACUUCAUGCACAGUAAAAGUCUCGUCCAUCGAGAUGUGAAGCCAGAAAAUGUUCUCCUUUUCGACCGCGAAUGUCGACGUGUCAAAUUGGCUGAUUUAGGAAUGACACGCCGGGCGGGCAGCAGAAUCAAACGGAUCAGCGGUACCAUCCCCUACACCGCGGCCGAGGUGUGCCAGGCCUUGGUAUCGGAGGGUAUUGUUGUGGCAACGACCCAGGACGUGUGGGCAUUUGGAGUUCUGCUGUUCUGCAUGCUUACGGGAAACUUUCCUUGGGAAGCCGCGUUGCCUAGCGAUGCAUUCUUUUCAGAAUUUCAGCACUGGCAGCAGGGGGCGUGUCCGCCCGGCAUCGUACCGUCCCAGUGGCGGCGCUUUUCUGACAAUGCACUACGUAUGUUCAGCCGGCUGUUGGCGCUGGAGCCAGAGCGGCGCUGUGGCGUUAAAGAGGUGUUUUACUUCCUGAAAUAUGACCUACUGAAUCAUCAUCGCCAUAGAGCUUCCUGCCGGGCAUCGAGAGGAGCUUCGACGCGUUACUCCACCCACAGACAUGCCGAGCCCUCCCCUCCUUCAGGCACAUCCUGUCUACGCCCCACCCCCCUCAAACGUAGCAUCCUAUCCGAGCCACAUUCUUCUAGGGAGGAUACAUCCAAAAGUCCAUCUCCAAACCGUCAAGACAAGAGUAAAAUUAUGAUGACCACUCCCAUUGAAAUUUGCGUAUGAAGCCAAUACCGUGGGUCUUAAGUAUGGUUUUCAAUGGAUGACCUGAGGUUUUUCAAACAAAACGGUAGCAAUUUAACUUUAACUGGGAAAAAAAGCCCUUCCCAUGUUUACUAGACGGCAAGAACGACAACAGGCUCCAUAUUUGGGAGUCUAUGGCACAUAAACUGACAUAAAUGUGGGUCCUAAAAACUCUCUAAACUAUUACCUGGUGACUCUGAAACUCUGCUGACUUAGGAUUUUAAAAUAUGAAUAGGAAAUGCAAACAAUCUUUGUAGAUUUGUCACUUAAGCUCUAGCGAUUUAUCCAGAAGUUUCACAAGAAAAAAAGAAGUUAAACAUUACCGCUUUAAUUUUAAAGGAAGAGUUCACCCAAAAAUGAAAAUUCUGUCAUCAUGUACUCACCCUCAUGUCUUUUCCUUAAGAAAUACUGGGGCCUCCAAAAAAAAAAAAAAAAAGGAUAAUUAAAGCUGCAAUCAGCAAUGCAGAUUCCUCCUCAAAACUGCAAAUUAUGUAAAAAAAUUGACAUGGUAGAGACACGUACUUCACGCAUGUACACAACAUUUCAUUAAUUUGUUAUUAAACAUUGCAAGAGUCUUCAUAUGAACUGGUGAUUGAAUCAAAGUAUCAGUUUUAUGACUAGCGGAUUUGUAAAGCAUUAUUUUAGCAUUAGCGAUAAAUAAAAGUAAACUGUAAUUCUGUCAUCUUUCGACAUAUCAAGGUGACAUUUUGCACAGUACUUCAGCGUGAUGUCAUCUUGAAGCCUGUUAGGUUGGAAAAAACAUUAGUCAAAAUGGCAUUAGAUUUUUUGGACAUAUGGAUAUUGAGACAAUGUGGACAUUUACAUAAAUGCGCACCUUUCAGCCAUUUUGUAUUGUAUUCAUUUUUGCUAAAUAUCAGAUUGAAAGACAUGUAUCUUACACAUACAUCAGUUGGAGCUACGGUUCAGGAGGAGGAGAUUUUUGUAGUUUUGGACAAAUUUUUAUUGUACAGGAAAAUCCAUCACGGCGGACUUUAUGGGUUCUAGAGGCUUUUUUGUUCCUCAUGAGAAAUGAGGCAUAUAUACCAGGUUUCAGAAAUUUUGGACUUAUGGGGUGGAAAUGGCAUCACUUUGAAAAUGGACAAAUUGUGGCGCUGCCUGUAGCGCCACCUAUAGGCUCACUUGGGCCAUUUUUGGUGUGGUAGAUACUCGUGGCCUGUAGUAUCAAUGUGCCAAAUUUCAAAACUUUUUACCAAGGAGAUCUUGAGCUAUACUGGAGGAAUCCUAAUUAAAGUAGUCCAUCCAACUUGUAAGCUACAUUUGAAGUCUUCUGAAGCCAAACGAUAGUUUAGUGGGAGGAAAAGACAAAAAUCUAUGAAAAUCUAAUUCAUGCUUACGUUCAUGUAAGGACGUGUUGCGCCAGUUUAAAUAUCAAUUAUGUCAAAUUGUUGACAACAUUUAGAGUUGAAUGAGGUUUUCAGUCUCAAAUUUAGGCCUUUUCCUUACACAAAGCCAUUAUAUGGCUUCAGAAGACUUGGAAUGUAGUCUUCUAUCUAUUAUAUUGUACUUUGUCAUUUUUGGAGCUUUUUUUCAAUGGAACAAAGAAAAUCAUAUGGGUCUAGAAUUACAAGAGGGAAGAAAAGAUGGCAGAAUUUUCAUUUUUGAGUGAACUAACCCUUUUUUUAAUGUGAUGUAGCUUCCAGUUCUUAGUUUUUAGUGAAUUGAAACCAAAAAGUUCCCUGAUGACCGAAAGGUAUUUUCCACAUCAUCUUUUCUUUGUGGAGGCUUAUCAUCACGUGACUUUCAAUCCAGCUUAUGAUAGAAUCAUACAUGUACAUGCACCAACAGAAGAUUAAGAUAUAUUUGAUACUGGAUUUUUCUCUCUCUGUUUUGUUUUAAGAGACUAAAGUUUAAAACAAAACUCAAUGCCACGUUGAUUUGGAGACAUCACUGCCUACUUGUUGAACUUUUGAAAGACACAGAUACACAGAAAGACAUUCUUCUAAGCUUCCUUUGCUGUAUGUAUAGAAUUUGUUUUAGGAAUAAUGGCAGUCUCCGUAUAUUACAGGGAAUUUAUUAUGUGUUUGUAAUUGCUGUGUGUAUUCAAGCACUAACUUUCUACGAGAUCUUUGAAGAAAUGCAUCAGGAGCAUUAAUUUUCGUGGGAGGGUUUCAGAGUAGCUCAACUGAGACCUGUUUUCUGUGUUGUCAUAUAAUGGGACAAUUAGGUGAGGAAAGCUUCAAGGGACUGUUCAAAAACACAAGAACAUCUGCUCUCUAGAACAUUGUGACUCUGUUUUGUCAGGUAUAGUGCUAACUUGUAGAUUAUUUUAUAUCAGAGAACAAACAAUUAAUUAACUAACUUGAACAGAGAUUAUUAUAGUUUUAAAGGAUCCGCAAUGGUUCACCCAAAAAUGAAAAUUCUCUGAUUUACUGUCAUCAUGAGGGUGAGUAAAUAAUGACAGCAUUUUCAUUUUGGGAUAAACUAUUUCUUUAUUUAAGUGUAUGUUUACAUAGAAGGAAUGUAAGAUAUUAAUUUAGGUGGUAGGGAACUGCUAAAGUCUUCAAAUAUUUUAGGAUACUUCUGUUGCAAAUGAGCACAAGUAUUUUCUCAUCAACAACAAAGUCAGAGGUCAGAUUACAAGACAUACUACACACAAUGUAAAAACAUUGAAGGGAUGCUCUGUUAUGAAAAAUAACAAUCAUAAUGGUUUAUUAGUGAUGGAUUUUGUUAUUUGUUAAAAGACUGUUUGUAUGGUUAUAUUACAAAGUGUUCAAAGAACAUUGGAAUAUCCACUUAAAGAAACAAUAGUUGGUGUUUUUUAAUGAUUAUAUAUAUAUAUAUAUAUAUAUAUAUAUAUAUAUAUAUAUAUAUAUAUAUAUAUAUAUAUAUAUAUAUAUAUAUAUAUAAAUUGGAUGUUAUUGAGCUGCUGUAAGAAUUUUGUCGUAGAUUGUUCUGACUGAUAAACAGCUAAUUAAACAGCUUAA